AACACUAGCACGGGGAAGCAGAAAGCAAGAGGUGGUAGCUUUGUGGGGUAGGUGGUUCUCAGUUUCUCGGUUUUCUAAUCUUGCGUGUCCUUAAUGGUCGCUGCCCGAAUCGUCUUCUCAGGUAGUCCUUCGUCGCCUUAUCUGUAGCCUUCGUCUCGACGUUGUGAGUCAAGUUGUUCGCACACGCCGGUGGCCGUUCUCGCAAUAUACUAGACACGGACAGCUAGGCACGUUUGCUCUCACGGGAGCGUCGUCGUCGCCAAGGAACGAGCAUUUGCCAGCCUUGUCAGUGAAUGAGAGUCUCAAGGAGACAAUGUCUGCUGAUGACUUGGACUGUAACCCGUUCUACAGAUUGUUGCAGACAACUUACAGAUCCAAAUUCGACGAGGCACAAGAAAACUGUUGGCUGGUGUGUGUCCCACAUGCAGACUCUUUGAAAGGCAUAAAAAUCACAAGCAAAUUUGUUGAUACUCAUAUCCUGAGACCAUCUCCAUUUUUUAAAAGUCAGUACACAUGUGGUGGUUACGAUCUCAAAAAAAGUUUGGAAUUUGAUGGAAGUCACAUCAGAGCGGUGUCAGGCUUUCCCACAGAGGUUGAAGCAAAGGUCAUAGGAGAGGAACUCAGUUAUAACAAGGACUUCAAGCCCUACAGGUUGCUCACAAUAAGCAGGCCCUUGGAAGGUGAUCGACCAGGAUCUCCUCAGGUGAAGAACGAGCCCCUGGCUUCAGUUGAUGCUGAGACAUGUCUGUCAUGCAAAGAGUGCCUGACGUUUCUCCAAAGCUUUUCCCAGUAUGCACCGGUACUCAAAAAGCUGGACAAGAAGCUAGAAGACUUCUGCGUCAACUACAUGAUAUUGCCCGAAUAUCUUCAUGAUACGGCUCAGAAGCUUAAUGACAUUGUGUCAUGGGCUGGCCAGGCUAUCGCAAGACUUCAGUCACCACCAUUCGGGAGUCAAGAUGCUACGCUGCAAAAAAUUAUGUUGGCCUUAGAAAGCUACACCCUGGGCGUUGUUCAAAAGCGGGUGUUUGGAGCCGUGAAGCAGUUCUGCCUGGAGGAGGACUCUGCCCUGGAGUGCAAGCUAAAACAGCUUCACCGGGCAGGCUUCAGCCCGGACCAGCUCGGGGUCAGGGAUGCCUUCUGCUGUCCCGUGCCGAGAGCGGUUGUGGAGCUGGCAUCUCUGGACUCCAAGUUGACCCCACUGGAGAAGCUCUGGUGUUUGAAGACAACAUUGAAAGUUAUGUCUGAGGAAAUCUAUGAAUCGACUCCCUAUAACACUGCCCGGUUGAAAAACCCUCAUGAGCAGCUGCAUCUGACCUCUGACGACCUGAUCCCGAUCCUGGUCUGCCUGAUCGUCAAGUGUAAGCUGCCACAUCUCGAGAGCAACCUGUACUACAUCCAGAACUUCAGCUGGCACCUCCCUGACAAGGACAUGCUUGGCUACACAUUGGUGACUUUCCAAGCGGCGAAGGAGUUCAUCAAGUCGCAAGAUACUUCAUGCUUGAAGCCUUCCAGCACAAACAUGAAAGGAGAAAUCACACCUUUGGAGCUGAUGCAAAUGACGGCCCAGCUGGACCUCUGCGAAAAGCCGAAACAACCGGAUGCACCCGAAAAACCCCAGGGUGGCGCAGGCACCUCGGCGGUGAGGUCGAGGUCCAUCGAUCGGCAGCUGGAGCAGGUGACCAAGCUGAUCGAGUCUGCCACCAAGGAGCUCCAAACCAGAGAAGUCCAAGACCUGCAAGAGUUGUUUAAGAAUGGAGAAGAUAGCAGCAACAAAGGUGGAGUUGGGGAGUUCUUUGUUGGCCUGCAGGAUUCGCUCGGAGUCACCUAUGGAAAGCUGUAGUCAUCUGGAGCAGAAUCACCUUCGUGUUUGUGAAUGCCAUUUUAGUUUCAUCUUUGAAACAUAGCGAAUCCAACGGACACCCGCUUUUAGUUGUGCCCAAUUUGGUUUUGUGGUUUAAUGAUUUUAUGUUGUAACCUCGAUUGUUUUUACAGAAUAAUCUUUUAAAUAAAACUUGCAUAAUAGGGAAGGGGGUUUGCAUUGCAAACUAGAAAACUUUUUCCUGAUCUUUCAAGGUAAUUUACUGUAUUUGUUGGGUAACUGAGAAUUUUCGUCUUGUGUUGAGUUGGCCUGUUAUCCAACACACAGGUUAUGCAAAGUUGUGAACAUGUGAUAUAACUUUUUCAUACACAUCGACAUGUUGUCAGAAUACUUAUCAAAGCUUGUAUAUUUUGUUGCUUUUGCAAUUUCGAAAAUGCCCUCGUGCAAAUUUUUAAAGCGCGACACUCGAUACUUGUGCAAUUGUUUGUUAUCCUGUUCCAAAAAGAACUGUAUGUGUGCAGCUGUCUUGUUAGCCUGCUUUAAGAGCAACUUAUGAUUGUCCACGUGAUGCUUCUAUGAACUUAAUGCAUAGCGCUGAAGUAAUAGUGAUCUGUCACGGAAAGGCCAAAACAUCUUUAGGCCUCGGCCGGCUUUCACUGUCUGAAUAUCCAACCUCUCGAGUACAUUUUUGAGACGCACAUUGCCUUUCAAGAUACAUGUGUUAAAGGUUAAAGGCGUAUCAUAGAGGCAGACACCGUAAAUGUUCUUUUAAAACAUGCCAAUUAAAAAUGCCAGUACCAUCCCACAACUUAUUGUACCAUGUAAUGCAAAUGGCAUCUGUAAUGCCAUAGGUGACAGAUAAUUUUGAGUAUAAUAGUUGCUUUUGUUUGAUACCUACUAUUUUUCUGUGGUUGCAUUAAUGAGUUCAGGUGAUUUUUAUGCUUGUGUAAUUUGUGAACAUCCAUGCAGAUAUUCAAUAGCUGUUUUGAAAGGGACCUGUUCUUGUUUUAGGAGCUAAGCUAAAUUCACUGAAUUAGCCCAAUGUGAACAACUUUUCAAUGUAUAAGGAAGGUCAGCCAACAAGGUACACUCUGCAACACUGUUAGCGCAAACAAGCCAUUGCCAGAUUUUCGUUUUUCUGCCAGUACUGCAGGACUGUCUUUAAAACUAGUGGUGAAAAGUGCUCAGUAGGAAUACUGAUCUACAGAAGUGUGGUAGGUUCAACGAGUUGGUAUGACGACAUGGUGAAUAUUUCUUUGCACAAAGGACAGAGAAAUGGAACAUACACAACACACAAGCACUUGUGUGUCGGGCAUGUUCCUUUUCUGUCCUUGUCUUUUUGUGUGCUGUGCUGUUCACGAGACUGACUUAAGUGGUUCAUUUUGAUGCCUGCCAGUAACCUUUCAAAGUAAAAUAUGAAAAAGUGUCAGAGUGGUGUUUGUGCUAGCAGUGUUGCACAUUGCCAUAUUGUGCAACAUUACUGCCUACUGUCUCGUUGAUAAUAAAACUGAGAAGCGCCAAAAUAGGUCGGGACACUUUGGAAACCGUGUCAUCAGCUUCCUGCCUUGCCAUACGGCAACUAAUGCCCUCUAAGCAAUGGCCUGUGCACUGCUGAAUGCAGCUUGCACGAAUAUAGCACUUGUACUUCCUCGCAAUUUACUCCAGCCUUUGUGUUGAUCAACAAACUUGACUGCCUCAACUGUGGCACCCAUGAAACCAUUAUUUUACCAUAGCAUUUUUAAUGACAACCAAAAAAAUAUGAUACCUAGGGAUGGCUGGUUUGGGUCUCUGUAUAUUUGAGUAGGAAGUAAGAAAUUCAAAACUUUGUUAUCUGCAUUCAAACUGUAGUUACAGUAGACGUGAUCAGUAUUUUAGUAAAAGAAUGGCGCUUUGCAUAAUUCUUCUAUUUACAGUAAUUUAUUUACAACAGCCUCUUUAUAAUGCUCAUUAAAACGUCAAACAUU